AUGCUCAACGUUAUAAUGCAUAGUUGCAACGAUUAUUUCUUCAACAAGGGUCUUGACAUAUCUCCCUCAAAAUCUGCCGUCGUAUUUUUUUCCCGUCACCGUUUACCUGUAUGUACCAUCUUGCCAUUGGCCAACGUUGCGAUCCCGGUUCACAGUAGUUACACCUAUUUGGGUAUCACGCUGGACACCAAACUGACUUGGGAUUACCAAAUAAACAAUUGUCUUGUCAAAUGCGAAAAAAGCCUGAACAUCCUCAAAGCGGUUAACAGGUACAAAUGGGGAGCUGAUCCCAAAAUAAAUAUCUUAUUCUAUAGAUGCUAUACAAGAUCGAUAUUAGACUAUGGAUGUUUCUUAUAUGGUUCAGCUACGAAGACCCGCCUUGCCAAGCUCGAUAGGCUACAGUAUAAAGGUCUAAGGUUAGCCUUGGGGGCUCUGAAAUCUACUCCAACAGCUACCCUGUUAGCAGAGUGUCAGGAACCUCCAUUACACUUGAGAAGGUUAUUCUUAGCAGAAAAGUUCAUUAUAAAAUGCAGCUUCAAUGACCAAACUGCACUCACAAGAAAAGUAGCUCAACUAACCACCCUCAACUUGACGCUUCCAUGGUGGCAAAAUAAAAACUCUCCUACACUUGCUGAAGCAUACCCCAACAUCUCUCUGUACAGUAUAGAAGGAGAUAAUAUACCAUUUUUCAAGUCUCAAUACAAUAUUUCAUUCUCAAAUUUAGAGACAUACAUCACCGUUGCUGAAAAUCCUCCCAUCAUGAAGCACUUACUCCACGAUCUACUACAAAAAUUCGUGACUCCUUGUAGAAUCUACACAGACGGAUCCAAAUCUGAGCAAGGCGUAGGGUGUGCUGUAUUUAUAGAAGACGACAAAGUGUCUCUAAAGUAUAAACUGGAUCCCAUCUGCUCUAUUUUCACCGCUGAGCUAGCAGCCAUAGAUCUGGCUCUUGAGUGGGUAGUCUGCAAUCGUCCGUCAUACCAAAAAUUCAUUAUAAUGUCAGACUCACAAUCAGCUAUACGCGCAUUACAAAAUGCGCCUUUUCACAUAUACCACAACAAAACCAUCGUCUCAAUACUGGAGAAGGAGUCUCAAUUAAGACAACUAAGGAAAUCAGUGGCAUUUAUAUGGAUAAAAGGUCAUGCAAGAAUUGAGGGGAAUGAAAUGGCAGAUCGACUGGCUAAGGUAGCCGCCUCGUCCGGAGAAGGAAAACAAUACGUAACUAAAACUGACAUAGCCUCGUCGAGGAAGCUUAAUAUGAAAAAGAGCUGGCAAGCGGAAUGGACUAAUUUCUGUACCAACAAUCAUAACCAAUACUGCAAAAUUUAUCCAAACCUCUGA